AUGAAAGCCGACACGGAUCGCCGAGAUAAGCGCAAGUACUGCCAAUUCCAUCGUGACCACGGUCAUAACACGAGUGACUAUGUGGAUCUCAAGGACGAGAUCGAGACCCUCAUCUGUAAGAGUCAUCUGCGUCGAUACACCAAGGAGGAGAAAUCAGCUCAGAGAGAAAAGCAGCCAACAAAAAUUGCAGAAGAACCAGUCGAAAUUUGUACAAUCUUUGGUGGUUCGUCUGGUGGAGGAGACUUAAAUAGGGCUCGUAAAGCCCACUCUCGGAAGUCCGAUCCGGACAACUACAUCCACAUAACCAAGAGUCCAAGGAAAGAACUCCGAGUCAGUUCAUGCAACCUGACCUUCACGGAAGAUGAUGCACGCAGAAUUCAACAUCCACACGACGAUGCCUUAGUGGUGGCAAUGACCAUAGCUAACCAUAAGGUUUACCACAUCCUGGUCGACACUGGGAGCUCAGCUGAUAUCAUCUACUCGGAGGCCUUCGAAAGAAUGGAGAUCCUAAGGUCACGCCUCAGACCUGUGAAGACCCCUCUGCACGGGUUUGCUGGAGAAAGGGUGAUCUCUGAGGGAGCUAUCUCCCUCCUUAUGACUACAGGAGAAGGACGACAUCAAGUCACCCUUUUGGUGGACUUCCUUGUUGUUAACAUGUCGUCAGUGCAUAACGUCUUCUUAGGCAGACCCUCCCUCAAUGCAAUGCAGGUGGUCAUGUCCACAUACCAUCUAAUGAUGAAAUUCCCCGCCGAGGGCGGGAUAGGUUAUCUCCGAGGCGAUCAACACGAAGCUCGAAAAUGCUAUACGAUAGCAGUGAAGAAAGGCUCGACGAAGCAAGCCCUCAUCAUUAAUGUCCUCGAUCCCAGGGGUCCUACAGAGGAUUCAUCCAUGGAGGACUUAGAGGCUGUACCAUUUGAUGAAGUAAAUCCGAGCAAAACUAUUCAGCUCGCCAUGUCAUUGAAUUUCGAGCAACAGUCUUAG